UUUAUUUGAUAAGAAGUAUAAAUAAAUGUACUGAGCGAGCACCAAUGAAUGCUUUUUCUCAGUUUAAUUGCUACUUGAAUGCUAUAAGCGCUUAUUGAUUUAAUUACCAUAUUAUUAGUUAAUAUUUUAUCUUUUUUAAAUUUUUUUCCAAGUUCCACGUUUUUUUUUUUAAUUUUCAUCAUGGCCGACACUACAGGAAAAGUUAUUCAUUGCAAGGCAGCUGUUGCUUGGGAACCGAAAAAACCGUUAUUGAUUGAGAACAUUGAAGUAGCCCCACCAAAAGAAAAUGAAGUCAGAAUAAAAAUAAUUUCCACUGCAAUAUGCCACACUGAUGCUUAUACAUUAGAUGGUUUAGAUCCUGAAGGAUCUUUUCCUUGCAUAUUGGGUCACGAAGGAGCUGGUAUUGUUGAGAGCGUUGGACCAAAUGUAAAAGAAUUUAUGCCUGGUGAUCAUGUAAUUCCAUUAUAUAUUCCCCAAUGUGGAGAUUGUAAAUUUUGUUUGUCUCCCAAAACUAACGUUUGUAGUAAAAUAAGAAUAACUCAAGGGCAAGGAAAAAUGCCUGAUGGUACAUCACGAUUUAUGUGUAAAGGACAAUCAUUGUAUCAUUUUAUGGGAUGUUCUACCUUCAGCGAAUAUACUGUUGUCGCUGAUAUUUCUUUAUGCAAAGUAGAUUCAUCUGCAGCUUUUGAUAGAAUUUGUCUUUUAGGAUGUGGUGUAUCUACUGGCUAUGGAGCUGCCCUUAACACAGCUAAUGUAGAAUCGGGGACAACGUGUGCAAUUUUUGGUUUAGGUGCUGUUGGCCUAGCUGUAAUAAUGGGUUGUAAAGCUGCUGGUGCUAAACGAAUUAUUGGUAUUGAUAUAAAUGAAAACAAAUUUGAAUUAGCUAAACAUUUUGGUUGUGAUGAAUUUAUAAAUCCAUCUAAAUACGAUAAACCUAUUCAAGAAAUCCUUAUAGAAAUGACCGAUGGAGGACUUGACUAUACAUUUGAAUGCAUUGGAAAUGUUAAAACUAUGAGAGCUGCUUUAGAAGCUUGUCAUAAAGGAUGGGGCGUAUCAAUUAUAAUAGGAGUUGCAGGAGCAGGUCAAGAAAUUUCUACUCGACCUUUUCAAUUAGUUACUGGAAGAACUUGGAAAGGAACAGCUUUUGGAGGAUGGAAAAGUAAAAAUAGUGUGCCGAAGUUAGUUUCUAAAUAUUUAGACAAAUCUCUUAUAUUGGACGAAUUUAUUAGUCAUAAAUUACCGUUUGUAUCAAUAAAUGAAGGCUUUAAUCUACUUCACUCAGGAAAAAGCAUACGGACUGUCCUUGAUUAUUAAAACCAAUAUAAAUGAAAUUGUGUAGAUAUUAUACAAUGUUUUAAACAAAUAUUAAAGUUUAUAUACAUUUCAAAUUCAAAAAUAUUUUUUAAAUAGGUAAAAUUUGGUAGAAAUUGCAUAUCAAGUGUUUAUAU